CAAUAUUACUAUAUUUUUCCCCACAGGCACAGAAGCGCCUCAAAACUUCCGUUACUAAAUUCCAAUGGCGCCCUUCAUCCUCCACGGCCGGCUCCUCUUCUUCGCCCUCGCCGCCGCGAUAUUCCUAUUUUGCCCUCACCGCUCCUCCGCAAUCUCCAUCCACGAUCUCCUGAAGUCGCAGGGCUUGCCGGCCGGCCUUUUCCCGAAGGAAGUGAAGAACUACACGCUCUCGGAGGACGGCCUUCUGGAGGUGUUCCUCGACGGUCCUUGCCUCACGAAGUUCGAUACGAUGGCGUUUUACGAGAGCGUGGUGAGAGCGAAUCUCUCGCACGGCGGCCUCACUGGCGUGCAAGGCUUCUCGCAGGAGGAGCUCUUCGUCUGGCUGCCGGUCAAAGGCGUAAUCGUCGACGAUCCGAGCUCCGGCCUCAUCUUCAUUGAUAUCGGCUUGGCUCACAAGCAGCUCUCGCUCUCGCUCUUCGAAGAUCCGCCGGAUUGCAAAAACGACGGUAUAUUAGAGGAAGCUGGGGAAGAAGGGAGAUUGGAAGAUGCAUAAAGAUAGGCGAAAUAUGUGUUACGUAUAGUAGAUUAAGGAUUGCAACCUCAUUUGGUGUGGUGUUCUUAUCAUAGUCUUAUCCUAGUAUAUAUGAGUAUAACCGUGAUUCUAAUAUUCUAUUACUUGAAUUCACGGUUUAAUCUGUGUAUUUCCGAGCAAUGCAAUGCAUGGAUAAUAUUUUAGUAUUAGGUAACGUUGUAAUAGUUAGAAAUGUAAAGAUAUCGGGGAACAACAACAUUUCCCAGUUUUAUUAAAAGCAUUAUAUGUUUGGCUUUACUAGUAA